CUGCCCCUCCAAUGCAAGAGCGGCUUGCCGAAUAUCAACCAGCCCGACGCAACCCUCGUCCAAAGUACAGAAGCAGGCCCCCAUAUCACGAUUGUAAUACCGGAGCAGUCAACAAUAGACGAUUCUAUUUGAAUGAGGUUCUCCUGAGGCUUGGAGACUCAGUCGGCGCGCAAACAUUGAAUCCACCUCAGCGCUGAGUGCCGAGCCAAAGAGCUGAAGGUGUCUGUCGCUUGAACUGAGACGUAAGAUCACGUUUGCGGAGACUUUCGACUGCCCCAGUCACAAAUCACCAGUAGAGCUCGGACGAUCAUCAACAUGAGCAAGUUUGGCGUGAUGGUGAUGGGCCCGGCGGGUGCCGGCAAGUCCACCUUCUGCGCGUCUCUCAUCACACAUCUCAACCUCAACCGCCGGUCAUGUUUCUACGUCAACCUCGAUCCGGCCGCCGAGACCUUUGAGCACCAACCAGACCUCGACAUCAAGGACCUCAUCUCGCUCGAGGACGUGAUGGAGGAGAUGGGCCUGGGCCCGAACGGCGGCCUCAUCUACUGCUUCGAGUUCCUGCUGGAGAACCUCGACUUCCUCACCGACUCGCUCGACUCGCUCACCGAGGAGUACCUCAUCAUCUUCGACAUGCCCGGCCAGAUCGAGCUGUACACGCACGUGCCCAUCCUCCCCGCGCUCGUGCGCUUCCUCACGCGCUCGGGCUCUCUCGACAUCCGCCUCUGCGCGGCCUACCUCCUCGAGGCGACCUUUGUCGUGGACCGCGCCAAGUUCUUUGCGGGCACGCUCAGCGCCAUGAGCGCCAUGAUCAUGCUCGAGGUCCCGCACAUCAACGUCCUCUCCAAGAUGGACCUCGUCAAGGACCAGGUCCGCAAGAAGGACCUCAAGCGCUUCCUCACGCCCGACGCGGGCCUGCUGGACGACGACCCGGCCGAGGCCGCGCGGCUCAAGGCCGAAGGGCGCACGCUCGCCCAGGAGGACGCAGACAACCUGGCGGCGGGGUCGUCCGGUCAGGACCCGCUGGACUCGGACGCCGUGAUGCGCGGCACGAGCUUCCGCCGGCUCAACCGUGCCGUUGCCGGCCUGAUCGAGACCUUCUCCAUGGUCAGCUACCUGAAGCUCGAUGUGCAGGACGAGGACAGCGUCGGCUCGAUCCUGAGCUACAUUGACGACUGCAUACAGUACCAUGAGGCGCAGGAGCCGCGAGAGCUCAAGGACGAGGAGUUUGACGAUGAUGAAAUGGACGGUUAGUCAUUGUCGCCGCCGCCGUCGUUGUCGUCGCUGGG